AGUAGAGCAGGGACUCUGGCCUCUCCCGGCAGGGGCCGGGCAGGUCCGCGAAUGGCCACGGCGGACUGGGCUCGGGUACCUAUUACUUUUGAGGAUGUUGCCAUUUAUUUCACGGAGCAGGAAUGGCAGAAUCUAGAGGCGUGGCAGAAGAAGCUUUACCAGCAUGUAAUGAGAACCAAUUAUGAGACUCUUAUUUCUCUAGAUGAUAGAAUUCCCAAACCGGAACUAAUAUCCUGGUUUGAACAAGGGGGACGACCCUUCAGAAAUUGGGAAGAAUCACAGACAUCAGAAAACAAAAUUUGUUCUUCUGCUAACUGGUCUUUGCAUUUUGACCCAGUUAUUGAGGGGCAGCUGUUUGGGGGAAGUCAAAAAGCUGUACAUUCAGAAGACAUUAAGUGCCAUUUCCAAUUAGUCCCUCAGCAGGAUAUCCAUUUUGGACAGAGGCCCUUCCAAUAUACUGACCGUGAAAAGAGAUUUCACUUGAAGAACAAGCCAAAAGCCCAACCACGCAGAUACAUCAGAAAGAAGCGAUUUUCUUGCAGUGAAUGUGGCCAAGCCUUCAUCUACCCUUGUGCACUCCGUGAUCACAUGAGAGUGCACAGUGGGGAGAAGCCUUUCCAAUGCCCCGACUGUAACAAGUGCUUCAGCCUAAAGGGCACUCUGAAGAAUCACCAGUACAUUCACCGCAAGGAGAAGGGGUUGUGUUGUGGGAAGUGUGGCAAGCGUUUCAUUUUUAAGUGUCAACUUGAUGACCACAUCACAGUGCACAGAAAGUCCCCUAGUGCUCCAAAUGAGCCUGAUAUUAAGAAAAGGCUUAGCCGACCAUAUGUAAUGGUAGAGGAUGAUUGGAGUUGAGGUAGAGUACGACAUCCAAAGAUGGAAUAGAACUUGUAUUGCCUGAGAAUUCACAACAGUACCCAAACCCAUGGCAGACAGAUUUUAGGAACAGGGGCCCAUUUUCAAGCAAGAAUGAAAACCACAAAGAAUUUUCUCUUUUAAACAAUGAAUUAUAUUUCCUAUCCAUUGAUAAAAAGACAUUUAUGCUCUUUCUACCCUCUUAAGUGGUAAUUUUCCCACAAAUGCUAAGCCAGCUCUGAAAUUCCAGCUUGCAUUAAGACAGAAGGAAAUCCCUUCAGUACCAAAAUUGAAGAGAUGAGUAUGGCGGUUAAAUGUCAUUUCUACUUCCUCCCCACUCCUCCCAUACUGUGAUGCUAAACUGUGGGUAAAAAUCUAUUCAUUUUCAUUGCAGGUGCUGAUGUAAUAGUGGCUGUUGGUUUUGAUUGGUUUAUUUUGAAACUGAUAGCAAUAAAAUAAUUUUUCUGAA